AUGAAUGCUCUCAAUGACGGCCCGGACUUUGAGAUCGUCGCCUUCAUUCAUGGACAUGUUGGGCAGUCGCAUCUCGCCAAGGCAAUGUGGGAGGUCAUUUGUCUUCCUGGUGACGGUGUCCUGUAUUUUCCGAUUCUGUUGCCGAUUGGCAUCGCGGCGUGGUACACAGGGUACUUUCCCGACCUCAAUCGCGAGCAAGAGUACCUUCUCGCGUACCUGUAUGUCGUGUUGGUCGUGGACUUGCUUCUGAAUUUCACUCUCAAGGGCAUAUUCAAGCGGCAACGACCUUCCUUCCACAAGGAUGACAUGCGUUUUCCAGGCCCGGACAAGUAUUCGUUUCCUUCCGGCCACGGCACCCGCGCAGGCGCGUUGGUCGCGCUCUUCUCGGCUUUGCUUCAAUUCGAACCGGAACUGUUGUCUCUUGCGACGGCUGGACUCACGUCGAGGACAUCCACGUCGACGUGUCUGACGGCCGCAUGGACGUGGGCGGCAAUCAACUCGUUCGGCCGACUCGCGCUCGGGCGGCACUUCGUAUCGGACGUGGUCUUGGGUACCGCCAUCGGUUACGCGCUGUUCUUUCCCGUGGCGCAGUGCGUCAUGUACUGGACGUUCCCUCCCUCUGUGCUCGCCAACUAA